AGAACACAACUGAGAAUCAAGACCAGUCCACUAAACCCCACACGCAACCGCCCACCACAAACCCCGGCCGCCGGCCGGCCCGCGAGUUCGACCGAGUCCAACUAAGAUCAGUUCCGUUCCGGCCAUGAUGAGCGGCGGCGGCAGCGGCAGCGGCAGCGGCGCGGGGCCGAGCAGCUCCAGCUUCGAGCGGCACGCGAAGCGGCGGCCCCCGGCGACGCCGGCGUCGGACCAGCAGCGGAAGCUGCUGCGGCUGUCGACGCAGCACGGGCAGGGGGAGGAGGACGCGCUGGCGGCGGGCGUGGUGCCGCCGGUCACGGUGGUCCUGGACGGGCGCUGCAUCUGCCACCGCAUCCAGCUCAGCCGCCACACCGGGUACCGCAGCCUCGCGGGCGCCCUCCGCCGCAUGUUCGUGGACGACGCGGCCGAGGGCGACGACGACGACGGGCUGGACCUCUCCAAUGCCGUCCCCGGGCACGUCGUGGCGUACGAGGACAUGGAGGACGACCUCCUCCUCGCCGGCGACCUCAACUGGAAGGACUUCUGCCGUGUGGUGAAGAGGAUCCGGAUCAUCCCGGCGAAGUCGACGACCCGGAGGAUCAGGCAAUGCGGGGGCGCGGUGAACUAGCUAGUCAGCCGCGCCCGGUGAACCACAGGUGUAAUUAAGCCAUACCUCUGCAGCUCCACUCCACUCUCAGCUCAGCUCAGCUCAACUCCGGCGAAAAAAAAGAUCAAGUCCGGCCGGCCCGUCGUCAACAUCUCCCUAAAAAUCAAUAGAAAUCAUCGAUCCAACCUUUUUUUUUUCAUUUUUCGCUGUAUCAAAAGUUCAAUGUCGCAUUGCCACAAUGAAAAGAGAAAAGAGAGAUCAAUUUUC